CCAAUCUGCUGCGUUCCUCCAGCACUUUGUGUGUGUGCUUUGUGCAGAAUAAAGUGUACAGUCAGAGGGGUGCAGCUCAGGUAGACAAUAAGGUGCAAAAUGACAACAAAGUAGAUUAUGAGGUUAAGGGAACAGUUUAUCAUACUAGGGAACUGUUUAAUAGUCUUAUAACAACGGGGUGGAAGCUGCCUCUUGUUAAGCAGUAUGUAAAGGGGAGGGGACAGCACUGAUCCAACAUCACACAACAUGGAAGACUAGAAAGAGAGAUGCAUUGUACAGCCCACUUGCAAAAGCUCCAGGGUGACCAAAACUGCAGACAAUACUCCAAAUACAGCCUCAUCAGCAUCUCUAACUUGAUGUCCAUCAUCCCUUCCUGCUGGUUUGGAGGCCCACUGCAUUAACCAUUCAACACUAGGCCUUCAAGUUGCCAUGGCAGAGCCGCGAUUCAACAACCCGUACUUUUGGCCACCGCCACCCACCAUGACGAGCCAGCUCGAUAACCUGAUGCUGAUAAACAAGAUCAAGGAGCAGCUGAUGGCGGAGAAGAUUCGACCGCCACACGUGCCCCCUUCGUCCGUGCAGUCCCAGCAGCCCUUGCUGCUGUCGUCGACCUCGCAGAGCGGCCAGUCGCCCUUGUCCAUCCUCAAGCCGCAGCAGCUGUCCGAGGUCCACGCCCAGACCCCGCAGCCGGACGUGGCGCUCCACGCGCGGCCCGCCACUAGUUCUGUAACAGGUACUCCGAACUGGCUCAGCUUGUCUUCGCCCACUGUUACCUGCGACUCCAUCAGCGUGUCAACCCCUACCCUGGUGAGCCAGGGACGCACCGAGGUCUCCUCCCCGAGCCUGAUCUCUGGCCUGAUUACCCACCACGGGAUGGACCCCGCACACUCCAGCAAGAAUGGCCUGGCCAACGCCCUGAAGACCGAGCGAGGGAGGAAGAAGAUAAAAGGGGAAAACUGCAUCGGGCCGCCUGUCCUCGUGGUGCCCUAUCCCAUUCUGGCUUCAGGCAACGAGCCUUCUAAGGAUGGGAAAACGUACAGGUUGGAAAAUAAGCGGUGUAAAAUCUGCCCUUUGACCUUCUUCUCCAAGUCCGAAAUGCAGAUCCAUUCGAAGUCCCACACGGAAGCGAAACCUCACAAGUGUCCACACUGCUCCAAGUCAUUUGCCAAUGCCUCCUACCUGGCCCAGCACCUACGCAUCCACUUAGGGGUAAAGCCUUAUCACUGCUCCUACUGUGAGAAAUCCUUCCGCCAGCUCUCUCACUUGCAGCAGCACACGAGGAUCCACACUGGCGACCGGCCGUACAAGUGUGCCCACCCUGGCUGCGAGAAGGCGUUCACCCAGUUAUCAAACCUGCAGUCUCACCAGCGACAGCACAACAAAGAUAAGCCGUACAAGUGUCCAAACUGCUACAGAGCGUACUCAGACUCUGCCUCACUGCAGAUCCACCUCUCCACGCACACCGUCAAACACACUAAAGCCUAUUGCUGCAGCAUGUGUGGACGAGCCUACACCUCAGAAACUUACCUCAUUAAGCAUAUGGCAAAGCAUACGGCAGUGGAGCACGCAAUCGACACUCACUCCCCCCAGAGAACGGAAUCGCCAAGUUGUCCUGUUCGGAUUUCUCUAAUUUAAUCAGUCCCUGCGUCGGAACUGUAGGAAGUGGACGCUGUGGGGCCAAAGUCAUGUGCAUAAUCACAAAAGGAUGAGGAGCUUUUUGUUCUUGUUUGUGCUCUUUGUUGGUAUUUAUUCAGUCUCAGAGACCCAGUCACACCAGUAAAUUUAGCACCAAGUGCAUACAGGUGCGGAGGCUGCCAAAGACUACAACAAUGCACUUUGAGCCCAAAUGUACACUGUUGCCGAGGAGGUGAGUGCCAAUAUUCCUCGGAUAGAUGACUUCCGUUGCUGGGGAGUGGCACUGGAAGCAAUGACGUACCCUACAGACUGGUUAUUUCUUCAAUGUGGGCGUGGAUUCCUACUAUUUGUGAUUUAAUAAGCUGUGUCUGACAACACACUUUUAUUAGCAUUUAAGUUGUCUUGCUGUCACACAGGAAGACUAAGGAGAAGAAAAAAAAUUAAGAGAAUCGAAUAGAUAUAGAAUUACUAAACAGUAUCUCAUUUUGUUGUUCUGUGAUAGUGUGGCAAAUCUAGUUUUCAGUUAUCAGUUAUUAGCUAAUAUGAAUUAUUAUACUAAAUGUAUGGUCAAUUUUCAUGUGUUUAAUUAAUGUCUUAGCCCUACCUUUUAAGUGGCUCUAUAUACCAGACUUGUCACAAUCCCUGUUUAAUAUACACCCUAACUAGUACAAUUCAAAGUAGCCAUGUUCACUGACACUGAAUGGUACAUGACAUGGAUUGCUUAAAUGACAGCUGAACCAUCCCUGCUCACUUGAAAGAGGUGACCAUGAGCAGCAGGAAGAAAACUUCCGCAUGACUUUGGUUGUAGCUUUAAAGUGCCCCACAUCAAACAAAGUCUGCAAAGAUACCAGGCUUACUCCAAUCAGUGAUGUUACUCUACCCCUAAGGAUGUAAGAGCAAAAUGCUGGAACUAAAUUUGAGGCAGGAUGAAGUUAAACUGGCUUUGAUUUGAGCCAGCAGUGUUCGGUAGAUGUUAUUAUUCGGGGAUCAAAUCUGGCUUUACUUGACGGCCUGCCAUGUUUGCCAUGAUUUAUGUGUUAUGCCGUGACUUUACCGUUGGUGUGUUCAGUUGGCAAGUUUUCUCUGCUGGAGUUAAGUCGGUUCCACACCUGUGCCUGGUGCGUGUCAAAGGGGCGACUUGCGUGGGACGUGGAAGGGUCACGGUUUUGCCAGGGGUUGCAACAGAGCCAAGGUUGUUGGGCAGAUUGAAAGGGACACUUUAUCAGCAAUUGACUCAACUCUCCUGGGAAUGAUAGGGGAGAAUAGGGAAAAUGAAACGAAGUACAGGUGGCGAUAGACUGCAGCAGAGAGAACGUCAGCAACUCGGUAAUGAAUGGCAUGAUAUAGUGAAAGACUUUGUCUACUGGAUACAUUUAAGUCACUCAUUUUCCAUUUCUGCUGCUCCUGGUAUGUUAUGUCUUGUUCUUUAUUUUUUAAUCACAAUUCAUGUGUCACAUACACUUUUCAUACUGUUGUUUCAAAGAGAUUUAUACGAUAGAGUCAAUGAUAGUAAUCUUUUCUUUAAUUUUUUAUAUAUUAUAUAUAUUAUAUAUAUAAAUAUGUAUAAUUCAGUUUUACCUGAGGGAGAGGCCCUCUCAACCCGAAAAGUUAGCAUAGAUUUGGCCUGCACUGUCGCUAAUCUGAUGUUCUUGUGGAACAGUAUAUAUGUUAAAACAUUUACAAAGAAAUGUCUGUGGAGGAGUGUUUGUAACAGGAAUUGUUAAGGUCAUGGGUCAGUUAAGGAUCCCCACAUGGAUGGAUCUGAGGGAUCUGGGCUUGAAAGUUGUCUCUGCUGGGUGGAUGUGGAUGUGCCUCCCCGUGACGGCAACUUCUCGCAGUUGCAAAUGGAUUCCCUUAACCCACAGUUCCAUCUGGCUUGUGCGGUCAUGUUCAGCAGGGUGCAGAAAGCUAUCACGGUGACCUCUGACCUGCAGCCAAAUUACGUACCCUCACGUUGUGUUACCAAUAUGGUCACUUCACCAGGAAGAUUUCUAU